GGAAGUGAGACCUUAUACCGCAAGGGCUUAGCAAGUGACAAAACAAAAUCCGAAAUCACGCACCACACAUGGAGAAGUACUGAACUCAACACAACCACCAAGGCAGCAACUUGAGUAAUUGUAAUUGAUAUCAUAUCUUUGUCUUUCCCAAUUUUUCAAUCUCAAUCUUUACAGCAACUUUCUCAAACUCACACAUACAUACAUACACCUAGAGAGAAAGAGAGAGAGAGAGAGAGAAUGUUGUUUCAGGUGGGAGGACAAGGGACUCGUCCCACCUUCUUCGAGAUGGCAGCUGCUCAGCAGCUCCCUUCCAGUCUCAGAGCCGCCCUCACCUACUCUAUCGGUGUUUUGGCUCUGCGAAGACCCUUUCUCCAUAAAGUGUUGGACUACGAAGAUGAGUUCUUUGCCUUGCUCAUGCUCGUUCUUGAAACUCACAGCUUACGUACUACAGUGGUCGCCACACAGUUAAUUUUUCAACUUUCAACCGCUCCUCUCUCUGCCUUGACUCAGUCUUUCGAUGUGUCCAUCAACAACUCUGAUCUGACAGAUGCUUCUUUUGCUGAAUCUUUAUAUGGCUUGCGAAGGAGAGCAGUUAAAAUAAGAGUGAAAAAGGAUAAUCCUCGUUCAGACGUGGGUGACAGGAUUCAUCACUCAGGGUUGGAGAAGCACCAAAAAGUUCUCUCAGUUGUUUUUAUGGUUGUAUUGCCAUAUUUUAAGUCAAAAUUGCAUUCCAUCUAUAAUAAAGAAAGGGAAACUAGACUUCGAACUAGUUUGUGGGGAGAUGGUGAUGAAAGGUUUGAUGAUGCUGACUAUCUUGAUGGAAGUGGUAAUUCUUUUGUUUCCACAAGUCGUUCAGAUGUAGAAGCAUCAGUGGCGACACAUUUGAAGAAAAGGAUUCAGAAGAUUGUAGGUGCUUGCUACCCAUGGCUACAUGCCGGAAACGAAGGAUUGUCAUUUGCAUAUCAGUUGUUGUAUCUGUUGGAUGCUACUGGUUUCUAUUCACUUGGAUUACAUGCACUUGGGAUCCAUGUCUGUCGAGCUACGGGGCAAGAGCUGAUGGAUACCUCUUCUAGAAUUUCUAAGAUAAGAAGCCGUGAACGCGAGAGGCUCCGUGGCCCUCCUUGGUUGAAGGCAGUACAAGGAGCGUUGCUCGGAUGUACGUAUACAGUUCUUGACUAUGCGCAAACUGGUCUAAUUGCUGCUGUAUUCUUCUUUAAGAUGAUGGAAUGGUGGUACCAAUCUGCUGAAGAGAGAAUGUCAGCGCCGACUGUGUAUCCUCCACCGCCUCCUCCCCCACCCCCAAAGGUUGCCAAAGAGGGAAUUCCACUGCCACCUGAUAGAACAAUAUGCUCUUUGUGUUCGGAAAAGCGUGCAAAUCCAUCAGUACUUACAGUUUCGGGAUUUGUGUUCUGUUAUGCUUGUGUAUUUAAAUAUGUUUCUCAGUACAAACGAUGCCCAGUUACAUUAAUGCCUGCAACGGUGGACCAGAUUAGAAGAUUAUUUCAUGACGUGUAGACGAACCAGUAGUUUGGGGAUAUACUUCAUUAUCUCUUGUAUGGUGUAUGCAGCAAUCAAGUUCAAUUUGAAUGAGAGAUUUAUAAUAUGCUGAGAAGCAAGUUGAGGAAAUCAGAUUCCAAGGGAAAUAAUGCCCAAGAGUUUGGUCUUUUGUAUCAAUAUUACUCGAAGCAAUAGUUUUUUAAUUUUUCUUUUCUUUUUGAUGAGGCAAGAAAGAAAUACAACAUUUGAGCCAUGUUAUCAGAUAGUACUACAUGUUAGAAUUGUACAAUUAUUUUGAUUGGAAGAUUAACAUAAUGUGAUGUUGGAACAGAUUGUCAAAUUUUGGUAUUUUAUUGGAAGUAGAUUUGCAGCCUUUGAAAUGCC